AUGACCAAUAUCCGAAAAUCCCACCCACUAAUAAAAAUUCUAAACAAUGCAUUCAUUGAUCUCCCUGCUCCAUCAAAUAUCUCAUCAUGAUGAAACUUUGGCUCUCUCCUAGGCAUCUGCCUAAUUCUGCAAAUCCUCACCGGCCUAUUCCUAGCAAUACACUACACAUCCGACACAACAACAGCAUUCUCCUCCGUCGCCCACAUCUGCCGAGACGUGAACUAUGGAUGAAUUAUUCGAUACAUACACGCAAACGGAGCUUCAAUAUUUUUCAUCUGCUUAUAUAUACACGUAGGACGAGGCAUAUACUACGGAUCAUAUACCUUUCUAGAAACAUGAAACAUCGGAGUAAUUCUAUUAUUCGCAGUAAUAGCCACAGCAUUUAUAGGAUACGUACUGCCAUGAGGACAAAUAUCAUUCUGAGGGGCAACAGUCAUCACCAACCUUCUCUCAGCAAUCCCAUACAUUGGUACUAGUCUGGUUGAGUGAAUCUGGGGAGGAUUCUCAGUAGACAAAGCAACCCUCACCCGAUUCUUCGCAUUUCACUUCAUCCUCCCAUUCAUUAUCGCAGCACUUGCAAUAGUCCACCUAUUAUUCCUCCACGAAACAGGAUCCAACAACCCAACAGGAAUCUCAUCAGACACAGACAAAAUCCCAUUCCACCCCUACUACACCAUUAAAGACAUCCUAGGCGCCCUACUACUAAUCCUAGCCCUGAUACUAUUAGUACUAUUCACACCCGACCUCCUCGGAGACCCAGACAACUACACCCCAGCAAACCCACUCAACACACCUCCCCACAUCAAACCUGAAUGGUACUUCCUAUUCGCAUACGCAAUCUUACGAUCAAUUCCUAACAAACUAGGAGGGGUUCUAGCCCUAGUUCUCUCCAUCCUAAUCCUCAUUCUCAUGCCCCUGCUACACACAUCCAAACAACGAAGUAUGAUGUUCCGACCAUUCAGCCAAUGCCUAUUCUGAAUCCUAGUAGCAAACCUGCUAACACUCACAUGAAUUGGAGGACAGCCAGUCGAACACCCAUAUAUUAUCAUCGGACAACUAGCAUCCAUCACAUAUUUCCUUCUCAUCCUAGUGCUAAUACCAACGGCCAGCAUAAUCGAAAAUAAUCUCUUAAAAUGAAGA